GCGGGCGGUUUGAAGGCGCAACCCGGCGGCAGUUGAGCUGCUGUCGGGCGUUGUUGCUGCCGCCCGGAUGGAGCCGCUGCAGCGAGUGAAGGACGCGUCCAAAGCCCUGGGGAAGCUGGCGGCUCACAGCGCUGCCGCCGGUGGAUCCGUGGAGGCCGGGGCAGCCUCGGGGCUGGGAGCUGCGGCUGGCGAGAAGCUGGACCUGGUGACCCUGCUCCGACUAAGAGAACAAAUAAAACAGCAAUUUAUGGAAUAUAAUACAACAGUUCAUGCAGGUGAAGAAAGCAUUCCAGACCAAGCCAUAGAAGAAAAGCUAAUUGAGGCUGCCACAGAAGAUCUGGAAAGAGAAAUGGAACAAGUGAAAGUCUCCUUUCAAAACAAAACACUGGCGUUACAAAGGAUCCAGCUUAUAGAUGCCCUCAGAACCAAACUGAGACACACUGAUGCUGACUCAAAGUUGAUCUUGGAAACUAUAAAACACAUCAUAAUGCUUAGUACUGCAAUACUUGAAUCUCAGCAGCAAGCACGUGAGUUGGAAGAAAAACUGAAUGAGAUUAAAAAAAGGAGAUUCGCACUAAAGCAAGCUGGAGAACACAAACUGCUACAGAUACACACUCUGAAGAAAAAACAAAAAGAGGAACUAGAGGGUAUGGAAGUAGGUGAAAUGUUAAAGAGAAUAUGUAGAAACUUGCAAAAAGAAACACAGAUGACUACGUUAAUUCAAAAUAUCUUCCAGGGCAUCAUUAUUGGAAGUAAAGUCAACUGGGCAGAGGAUCCAGUUUUGAAGGCAAUUGUUCUACAGCUUGAGAAAAAUGUGAACUGUAUCUGAAUAAGCCACAAGACUCUUUUUUUAAAGCUAUAGUUUUUAUAUAAUAUGCACCAAUAAACCGGAGUUCAACUAGACUGACACAAAUAAUGGUAACAAUAGCAAGACAACUUAAGAGACUUUGAAAACAGGACCUUUCUACAAGUGCAUUUCCUCUGCUAUGGUGAUUCAGAUGUGCAAUUACACAGUGCAAAACUGAAUCAUUAUUUUAAGGACUUAGAUUGUAACAUUACAGUCUGACCUGAGGUAAGUGCAUAGUUGCUCAAUCCCAGGAGCUGUCCAGGGAAAGAACUGCAGCUGUCUAAGUCCUGUCUACCUCCACACCAAGGAGCACAAUGAUCUGCUACUGGCUGGCAUAUUGAAGGGUGGAAACAAGACUCUGCUUUCUUCCCCCAUCUUCCUGCCUGGGAGUGGGAGUAGCAGUCCCCCUGAUGCUGUUCCUCACUGAAGUGUGACUCUCACUGUGGGAUAGCCUGUGCAGGAGAGUAAGGCAGCAUCUCACUCCCCUUAUUCCUCUGCAUCCUUUUCCUAAGGACAUGUCCCAGUACUGCACAUUGUGAAAAUAGUAAUCGUACAAAGGUUGUGUAGUCAUUUACAAAGGCUACCAUU